UUCUACUGGUAUAAAAGGCGUCUCUGUACUCGUAUCAAUCAGAAUCAGAACGAUCUUCGACUCGAUCGCAUACCAGCAUCCAACUCAAACCCCUAACCAGCAAUCAUGAAGUGCAUCGCAGCUGUAGUCAUGGUGGCUCUGGCCGUCGUCGCUGAGUGCGGCCUCAUUCCGGCUCCGGUGGUCUACUCUGCUCCCCAGACGACUGUCGUCCAGCAGAAUGUGGCUCCGAAGUACGUGGUUCCGGCCCCUCUCGCGUACGCCGCUCCCGCUUACUCCUAUGCCGCUCCGUCCUACUCCUAUGCUGCUCAAACCGUCUCCCAUGCCGUCCCAGCCGUCUCGUAUGCCCGUGUCGCCUCAGUAGCUCCAGUCGCCUACUCCGCGCCAUCGUUCUACGCUGAUUCGGAUGUGGUGGAAGCUGCUCCAGUGGCCGUAGCUCCUGCUGCCACCGUCGUCGCUCAGCCCGCCGUGGCUGUUGUCGCCCAGAAGGAGGCUCGCUAUGUCGCUGCCAACCGUGGCGCCGUCCACGAGGCUCCUCUGGCCGGACAUGCCGUCAACCAGCAGUCCCUGAACCUUGAAGCUGCACCAGGAACUCUCAACGUACUUCGCAGCAUGGCCCUGGACUGGGAGGUAGUUGUUGUAUCCGUAGCCGUAUCCGUGACCGAGUCCGUAUCCGUGCUCCACACCGUAUCCUCCAUACAGAUCCAGCGGGCUGACCGUCUUCAGAGUGUUCACGUUGUCCUGAGCCACAUGAACGGCUCCUGGGUUGGCAGCAACGUACUUCGCAGCAUGACCCUGGACUGGGAGGUAGUUGUUGUAUCCGUAGCCGUAUCCGUGACCGAGACCGUAUCCGUGCUCCACACCGUAUCCUCCAUACAGACCAAGCGGGCUGACCGUCUUCAGAGUGUUCACGUUGGCCUGGACCACCGUUGGGGCGUACUUGGCACCAUAGUAUCCUCCAUACAGACCGUUGUUGUAGACAGAUUCUUCAUUGCAAUCAUGGCUGUGGCGUUCGUCGCUGCCUCGGAGGCGUCCUACCUGCCAUACGAUGAUGUCCUGUCCUACCAGCACAGCUACGGCUAUGGACUUCCGGUGUCGAAGGUGGUCUAUGGCUCGUCGUACGGUCUCCCAGCAGCGUUGGACAAGUACUCCUACCCAUCAUCGUUGUACGGUUCCUAUCCGGCCGUGAAGAAAGUGGUCGAAUACCCGUCGGUUGCUCCAGUGCUGGCCACCAAGGUCGUUGAUAACAGCUACGAUCUGGGAUACAACAAGCUGGUCGCUCCAGUGCUGAACAGCGGAUACGGUCUGGGAUACAACAAGCUGGUCAGCGGAUACGGUCUGGGAUACAACAAGCUGGUCGCUCCAGUGCUGAGCAGCGGAUACGGUCUGGGAUACAACAAGCUGGUCAGCGGAUACGGUCUGGGAUACAACAAGCUGGUCGCUCCCGUCGUCGCCACCAAAGUCGUCGAUAAUGGACUGUGGAACUAUGGAGGAUACGUUUUGGGAUCGAACAGUUUUUCGACACCGGAAAGAAGAAUAGAAGAACCGACGUAUAUAAACCCGGCCCAGUCCGAACUUCGAUCACAAUUCAAUCGAUCUUCACACAGUUUGGACGGCAGCAUCCACAAAACAAGCCCAGCAAUCAUGAAGUGCAUCGCAGCUGUAGUCAUGAUGACUCUGGCCAUCGCGGCGGAGGCUAACGUUAUUGCCCUUCGCACUCCGGUAGUUUACACCGGUGCCGAGAAAACAGUCGUCCAGCAGAACGUAGCUCCGAAAUACUACACGUCCAGCGUGGCUUACAAUGCCCCCGUAGUGACCGCGUACACCGUCCCAGAAACUUACGUCCAACAGAAGUACUAUUCGGGCCCGGCUGUGACAUACGCUGCUGCGCCUGCCGUCACCACCUACUCCGUCCCGAAGGCGACCUACGUGGCGUCGAACGUUGCCCCGGCUGUCGCCUACUCGACCCCAGUUGUCACUGCCUACACGGUGCCGGAAAAGACCGUUGUGCAGCAGAACGUUGCCCCGAAGUACGUUAGCUACACGGCCCCGGCCGUGUCUUACGUUGCUCCGGCUGUCUCCUACUCCGCUCCGGCCGUCACCUACACCGCCACCGCUCCGGUGACCAAGUAUGAAUCGGUCGCACCCGUCGCUUACCCGGCACCGAUCGCUUACUCAUCCGACUCGGACGUAGUGGAGGCUGCCCCGGUUGCUGCCGUUGCCCCCGAGGAGACCGUCGUCGUUGCCCAGCCCGCGGUUGCUGCCGUCGUUGCCCAGAAGGAAGCUCGCUAUGUCGCUGCUAACCCCGGUGCCGUGCACGAAGCUCCGCUUGCCGGACACACCGUCAACCAGCAGUCGCUGAACGUGCAGCCUGCCCCGGGAACGCAGUAAGGAGUUGUCAACCGUACUAUGAAAACGAUACUCUUUUUCGAACACACACACAGAUACAAAAUUAACGACCCUUCGAGCCAUUGACAAGUUUCUUCUUGUUGGAUCUAUGCUGAAAUAAAUCUUGCAAAAUGUCACAAUGAA